AUGCGCGUUCACUAUAUUGUUUGGAUGAUAAAUUCCCUGUUCGAGUUCACCAACAUCAAGUGCAAUUCGAUUGACAAAAAGUUCUUCGACUUCGAUUACUGUCACAUCAAGGCCGUGAAUCGGACCUUCAAGUACAUGUCCGUGAGGACUACCCUGCAUGAGUUACCCAUUAGGGAGGUAUUGGCAGAUCUGCAAAUUUUGAGGCGCUUCAAGGGCUACAUACCAAUCACUAUGAACGUCACCUUGGAUGUGUGCAAGUACAUGAAUAAGAAAAAAAGCCGCAAUCCCAUGGUGAACUUUUUUGAUGGAGUGCUAAAGAACUACUCGAAUGCCUAUCACAAGUGUCCCUACGAUCACGACGUUUGGGUGGAGCAGCUUCCGACUCAGUUCGUGAACACACAACUCAGCGACGUGUUACCUCUUCCCAGUGGCGACUAUGCCUUUUACAGCACAUGGAUUGUCAAUGGCAAGAUGCGGGGAACUCUCUGCGUCUACGGAACUCUGUUUUAA